AUGCAGUACCGCUCUUGCUCCAAAUGGGCAGGAGCGGGGCGAGAAAUAGUCAUUCCCUUUUUGGACGCCUUGAAUUCGGUUCGUGCAGCGGCUCCCCCUAUUGUCACAUCAGCCGCAUUCGCCAUGUUCGAGGAAACAGGCGAUCCAAGUGUACAAUCUUCCCACGGUCACAGCCCUUCAAGAUCCGGUGUUCCUUCAGGCGUUUUUUCAGGUGCUUCUUCAGGUGCUCGUUCAACCGUUCAGCACUACCCAGCGAACCAACUCAUAGAGAAUUCUCAAGGAGGAUCAGUUAUUUGUUCGUAUCACGUGCGCCGAAACUCGGAUUCGUGCGAUCACGCGCGCGACACUCCUUCAAUGGCUUUUGACUCGAGUCCGACUUUGAAUGCGGGUAAUCUCGUGGUGGAAAAUCCAACCGCCGCGUAUAACUCGUUUCGCGCCGCCUCCUCCGACCCAGAAGCUGCUUCUUCCGCCGAACCGCCGAGCAGCGAAGCUUCCUUGGCUCCGGGAGCUUCCGCCCCGCUGCUUUCCAAGCCUAGCUGGCUCGUCAAGGUCCGAGGCGCGCUCACCCCCCGCGAAUGGAUAACGGUCGGAUGCCUCGCCGCCGCGAUCUGCGGGCUGCACGUGAUUGGCUGGGGCACGCUGAUCGUGUUUGUGGUGCCCGGGCAUUACGCCUUGGCCGGCGGGGGCGGCACGUUCGGCGUGGGUCUGGGAGUGACGGCGUACAUGCUGGGCAUGCGGCACGCGUUCGACGCAGACCACAUUGCAGCGAUCGACAACACGACGCGCAAGUUCCUAGCGGAGGGGAGGAGGACGCUCACAGUGGGCUUCUGGUUCGCCCUCGGCCACUCCUCCGUCGUCUUCCUCGCCGCCCUCAUCAUUGCCGCAGGCUUUAAGGCCUUCGCAGGAGAGGUGCAAUCGGAGGAGUCACAGCUGCAUGUGAUUCUCGGCCUCGUGGGUGCACUCGUCUCCAGCCUCUUCCUGCUGCUUAUAGGCGCCAUCAACCUCCUCGUUUUAAUCCACCUCGUUAAGGUUUUCCGUGCAACACGCACUGGCCCAGCGAGGGAGGCAGACCUAGCGGACCUAGCCCUACAGGGAGGGAUGUUCGGCCGCUGUGUGGGGCGCAUCGCAUCACUCAUAAAGCACCCGCCCCAGAUGUACCUGCUGGGGUUCCUCUUUGGCCUUGGCUUUGACACCGCCACGGAGGUGGCUCUGCUCUUCAUGGCUGCUGGCGCCGCUUCCUCCGGCCUCCCUUGGUUCGCCAUACUCUGCCUUCCUGUCAUCUUCGCCGCCGGCAUGACCCUACUAGACACCAUAGACGGAUCAUUCAUGAACUUCGCCUACAGCUGGGCCUUCUCCUUCCCGCUAAGAAAGCUCUUCUUCAAUAUUGUCAUCACCGGCUUGUCCGUUAUGGUGGCGCUGCUUAUAGGGGGGAUAGAGCUUUUGCAGUUGGUCAUUGAGAAGGCAGGAUGGGAGGGGCAGCCUUGGGACUCAAUAGCGGGGAUGGACCUCAACAUUCUAGGAUUCGUUAUAGUGGGCCUCUUUUUCCUUACGUGGAUGGUUGCUCUUGCCGUCUGGCACUUGAUGCAAUAUGAGACAUCGCCUGACAUGUAA